CUGACCUCUUUACAAUAACGCUAAAAUGCGUGCGAUAGUUGUAUUGUUCCUUCUUUGUGUUAAUCUGGUGUGGGUUCGUACUAUACCCAGUGAAGAUUUCGUCGGAUGGCAUGAAAAGGUAGGAAUUAAGAAUGCCCAGGAAAUUAAACAACUUGAAGAUCGCAUCGUUGGCGGCACUGUAGCUCCUUUGCACGCUCAUCCAUACCUGGCCGGUCUCCUAAUAGAUGUUAUUGGCUUUUCGCAACCAUCAGCAUGUGGAGGAUCACUCAUUUCGUCUACCAGAGUUUUGACGGCAGCACAUUGCUGGUCUGAUGGAAGGUUCCAGGCUUAUCAAAUUACUGUAGUCCUGGGAUCUGCGUAUCUUUUCCACGGUGGAAUCAGAGUCCUUCCUUAUGCAAUAGCACUACACCCGCAGUAUAAUCCAAAAACCUUUGCCAAUGAUAUUGCUAUGUUGUAUUUACCAAAUUCAAUCGAAUUUAAUCAAGCAAUCAGACCAUUAAUAUUACCCUAUGGCUCAUUAUUGACUAUGGACUACACAGGAGUAUGGGCGAGAGCUGCUGGUUUUGGAAGGUUCUCAGACGUUAUUACAUCUUCGGCAAAUUCCACCAUAGCAAGAAAUGUUUUUCUUCAAGUAAUAACUGUACAACAAUGCAGAAAUGUUUUCGGGAAUUAUGUACUGGAAUCAAAUAUUUGUACUAAUGGGUAUGGCGGUGUUGGAAUAUGUCAAGGAGACUCAGGUGGGCCCUUAACAGUAACUACCACAGAUGGACAAGACAUUCUCAUAGGUGUCAGCUCAUUCGUAGCCCGAGAUGGGUGUCAACUAGGAUAUCCUUCUGCUUUUGCUAGAGUUAUGUCUUACAUGAACUGGAUUCGUGCACAUAUGUGACUCUUUGUUAAUUAAUAAUUUUUAAACGCAAUGUCUUUAGUGUAACAAUUUUUCUAAAACUCAUACGUAAUUAUAUAAAUUGCAUAGUAUAAAUUGUACAGAUUUUUUUAUGUAUUGUUGGUGUGCAUUAAUAAAUACAUUAUGUUUACAAAUUGUUCGUAAUAAUAAAUAUAUAAUUACA